UUAUUGGUGAAUCUCAGGAUUUUACAAAACUGGUCAAGAACAAUGGGAACGUGCACAUCUCAGGAAAGCCGCAGCGGUGAGGUGAGAAUCAAGCACUCUCUGAAUAAGGAGGAAGAGUCAUUUGUAGUCAAAAGAAGAAAAACUGUUCUGAAAAGCCUGAUAAAACUCAAGAUACCCUGCAGUAAGGAUGCGGUGCCAAACAUUGCAUUACUGGGUUCUGGAGGAGGACAAAGAGCCAUGGUGGGUUUGCUGGGAUCCCUGGUUCAGCUUGAUAAAGCGGGUCUUCUGGACUGCAUCCUUUAUCUGAGCGGAGUCUCUGGAUCCACCUGGUGCAUGGCCUCCUUAUACCGAGAACCAGACUGGUCCACCAAACUAGAGACUGUGAAGGACCAAAUCAUCAGGAGACUCAGCGGUCCUGCAGUCAGCUGGGGAGACGCAUUUGCCAAACUGAAGAAAUAUUACUAUGAGAAAGACAUCUUCAGCUUGACUGACUUCUGGGCAGCAAUCUUCGUCACAACAUACAUCAAAGAGAUUGAUGAACACAGACUCACAGGUCAGCGUAACAAGCUCAAAAAAGACCCGUUUCCCAUCUACACAGCGAUCGACAAGCAAUGCAAACAGAACAGAGAAGGAGACCCCUGGUUUGAGAUCAGUCCACUUGAAGCUGGUUAUUCUCUCACUGGAGCGUUUGUGAAAACAUCCAGCUUCGGCAGCCAGUUUGACAAUGGUCGUAAGAUCAAGACCCAGCCUGAAAUGGACAUGCUGUACCUGCAAGCUCUGUGUGGCAGCGCUUUAGCGGAUGGAGAUGCGAACAUUAGCUUCAUCUGGCAAUCUAUAAAAGGUUUUAUUUCGAAUUUAAUGUCUUUCGAAAAUGAGAUGAUUGAGGGAAUGGAGAAAGAUCCAAACUCCCCACCUGCAGGCAAGUGUUCCAAGGUGCUCAUGGAUCUCGUGGACAUGAAUCUCUCUGUUUUAAAUGGCAUUGAUCCUUUUGAUCUUCACGAAUCCAUAAGAACAAAUAUGAACGAUCUCACUGGAGGCAAAGAUCAGCAUAUUUUUCAAAUGGAAAAACUGAAUCUCGCUGAUAAAGAGGCUGCAAUACUGCACAUAAGGAUGUAUACCUUGGAUAUAUGUGCAUGCUUGCGGGUUUCCUUCAAUUUCUGGCCAUUCGAUGUAUGCUUCAGCAUUUGUAGGGCUGCGGUUUUGUGGAUCUGGGGCAGAAAAUAUGACUUUCUCCAGAACAUGACAGAUAAAACAGUGCCUCGUGCUCUUCUGAAGAGUGAGACGAGAGACUAUAUAGACGCCGGAGUGCUGCAGAACUCACCCUACUUCUCAGUGCUGAGAGAAGAACGAGACAUUGAUCUCAUCAUUUCUCUAGAUUUCAGUGAUGGCGAUCCUUUCAUGACAGUGAAAAAUGCUGCUAAGACCUGCAGGAAACUAAAGAUCCCUUUCCCUGUGGUCAACAUUCCCAAUAAAGAUGAGAAGAAACCAAAGGACUUCUAUGUGUUCAAAGCCAAAAAUGCUCCAACCGUGAUUCACAUCCCUCUGUUUAAUGUGGUCAACUGUGGAGAUGAUAUUGAAACCUGGAGGAACAAAUAUAAGACAUUCCGUUUUCCCUACAAUGCUGAGGAGAUCGCUAAACUAAUGGAGUUCGCUGGAAGAAACAUCACAAACAACAGAGCCAAACUGCUGAAGCAUAUCCGUGCGGCCAUCGGGCAAAAGACAUGACAAACAACACUGUGA